UUGUACGUGUUGUAAAAGGCACAUAGAGAGGCAGCUGGUAUCCAAUGUUGCUGCUUGAGAGUAUACUCUCUCUCUCUCUCUCUAGCAGUUGGCCAUUAAACUCACAGCACAGGAAAACAUGUCUACCGAAGUCUCUCCGCCGCUGUAACUUUCAGGCCACUUUUCGACCACUUCAGAUCUCCACUUCUGGAGCUAAUCACAUUAUAUAACCACUACUAAGGUGGUUCUCUUUUUUGGUUUAAACAGUGUGUUUUGCUCGGACGACUCAAUUGGGUAGGCUCAAGUUGUUUUAUCGAACACUGGAAAUUAGUUUGUUGGCUAGACGUAUUCUAUUCGUUUUUUGUCAUUCAUUUCACUUGUGAAAAAAAAAGCCAAGACCAACACCGCAGUCUCACUCUUUAAUACCCUUUUCUUUCUCAUUCCAAAUUGAAAUCCAGUCAAUGUGAUGUCAGAGAGUUGCAAUUCUCGCCACUUUUCAUGGCUAAUGAAAUCCUGCUUUCCCAACCCAAACGACAACUCCACCACUGUUGUUUCUGCCGUGGCCCCCAAAUCCUCAUCGUCGUUUAGCAACAAUUGUCUCUCUUCCACUAUCUCCUCCCUCCCAGAUGACAUCCUCCUCGAUUGCCUCUCUCGGGUCCCACCCUCUUCCAUUCCUAAUCUCUCCCUUGUUUGUCGUCGCUGGACUCGCCUCCUCCUCUCUCCUAUCUUCUCCGAUCUCCGUCGCCACCAUGGCCUUCUCCGCCACACCCUCGUCGCCCUUUCUACCACCGACGCUGCCCUCUUUGCUGCGACAUGGCGUUUUGAGCAUGACCAAAACAAUGACAACGAUAGUGAAAGCCCUUGGAAAGUCUCAGCUUUUCUCUCUGACGAUGUAGUUUCAAUUGUAGGUAACCAAGGAUUCCCCUCCCAUGCGCGCCUUUCUGCUGUUGGACCGAGAAUCUUCAUCGUCGGUCGAAAUGCGACCCUUCGUUAUGACACGUGGACUGGUACAAUCAGUGCUAGGUCUCCGAUGAUGAUCUCCCGAAAAAAAUUUGCUGUUGCGACUGUUUCUGGCAAGAUAUACGUCGCUGGUGGUGGUUCGAGAACAACAGCUGUGGAAGAGUAUGAUCCCGAGGAAGACAAGUGGUGUGUGGUUGCUACUGCACCCCGGAGUCGUUAUGGAUGCAUUGGGGCAUCGGUAGAUGGAGUGUUCUAUGUGAUUGGGGGUUUGAAAUUGGGCGUGUCGGGAAACGAUCAUUUACGCCCCACUUCUGGAGAAGCUCACGUCUAUGCGAGCUCCAUGGACUUAUAUGAUGUGGAGGCGCGUGCAUGGCUCAGAAGCCGAGCCGUUCCUGGGGGCGGUUGCGUAGUUGCUGCUUGUGCUGCAGCCGGACAUAUCUACGUUCUCGCCAGCCACGCCGUGGAGCUCUCAUUUUGGAGAUUCAACGCACGCCGAAAAGUUGUUGGUGGCUCCGGCAGUGCUUUUGGUGAGUGGUGUAGGAUAAAGAGUCCACCAUUGCCGGCGCAGAUUAGAGUGGACAGCACAGUGAGGUUUGGUUGUGUUGGAGUUGGAGACCAGGUGGUGUUGGUUCAGGUGUCUGGCUGCAUCGACGACUUGUUGAGGAGGAGUGGACGAGGCGGUCGUGGGUUGAAGGAAGGGUUGGUGUUGGUGUAUGAUACGGUAGCUGGAGAAUGGAGACGGGUUGCGGAUCUGCCGGAGAUUAUUCAACGCGCUUCUUGUGUUUGUGUGGAGUGUUAACAUGCAGAUGAGGUGGAUAGAGCAGACAAUGAUGCCUAUUUGAGCUUGUGAUUUUUGGAAAAGCAAAGAUGAUACACCGUGGUAUGAAAAGGUUAUUUACACAAGAUAUGUUAUUAUUUGCCCAAUUUUUGGGCUCAUCUGUUAUUAUACUUUUAAUUUGUCCACCAACAAUUUCAAUUAUAUAUAUAAAAAAAAUGUUGUCUUCUUAGUUCAACUUAUCAAAAUUUGUAAGAUAAUCUACUUAAGUAUAAACUUAAAUAUUAUUUCUAUUGAA